AUGGUGCUUCAUUUGCCCUGUACUUUUUAUGAUGAGAUUUUUUUUGUACAUAAUCAAAAUACUCUUUUAAAUGUACUUAAACAAAGAGUUUGAGGGUAAAUGUACGUGAUAAGAGGAAGAUAAAGCAUUCAUCUUCAAGAGAAAUCAUCUAAUGAUUGUAAACUUCUGUUCUUUACUGUAUUCAUCCCUGAAAAACGGUGUUGCUAUGAUGAUGUCAUUAAGAACGGCUCCUUCUCUUCCUCUGAUCUUUCUGCUUGUGAUUCAUAAUGUUUUCAGUAAAAAUGGUUUGGGAGUGAAUUACAGACAUUCACACAUCUGUGCACUAAAGAACUCAUCAGUGAUAAUGAGCUGCACUUAUACAUACCCUACUCGAUAUAAGAUCAAGAAAGUGUUCUGGACCAAAAACCCUGUACAUGGUGAAGAGCCUCCAGAUCUGUCUGAUGACCCUGAAUACAGUCAGAGGCUUCAGUAUCUGGGAGAUGAACAGAAAAACUGCACCAUCAGACUGAGUCAUGUGACACAGAAGGAUUCACAGAUGUACUAUUUCAGAUUCAUCACUGAUAAACCUGGUGAGAAAUGGCUUGGUGUUCCAGGAGUGACUCUGACUGUCACAGAACUUCAGGUGGAGUCUCCUGAGACAGUGAAAGAGGGUCAUAAUGUCAGUCUGACAUGUAAAAGCAGCUGUGAUCUGACUGACAGAGCAACAUUCAUCUGGUACAGAAACUCACAGCCAUUAACUGAGAGAAGAGACAGAAACAAUCAACUCCUGCUGCAGUCAGUCAGAAGAGAGGAUGCAGGCAGAUACAGCUGUGGUGUACAGGGACACAAUCACUAUCUCAAAUCAUCUGAUGUGCAGCUCAAUGUCACAUAUCCUCCAAAGGAAUCUUUGGUAGAAGUGAGUCCAUCUGGUGAAAUAGUGGAGGGAGAUUCAGUGACUCUGAUCUGCAGCAGUGAUUCAAAACCCUCCUGCAGAAAUCAGCUGGUUUAAAGGAAGAACGACUGUAGGAUCUGGAAGAAUCUACAGCAUCUCAAAGAUCAGCUCUAAUCACAGUGGAGAAUACAAGUGCAAGUCCAGAAAUAAACAUGGAGAGAAAUACUCUGCUGUGACUUUAAAUG